AGCAGCGCGGCCCCGGCUCCAGCCCCGGCCCUGGCCCGGUCCCGCUCGGGCUGUGUCGGAGAUGGCGGCGGCUCGGCGGGCGCGGGCGGGCGGUGGCGGUGCGGGGCCGGGGUUCGGGCGGGUGGCCGAGCCGCCGCCGGUGCCGCAGGGGCUGCUGCGGCUGGCGCGGCGCAGCGGGCAGCUCAACCUGGCGGGACGCGGCCUCACCCACGUGCCCGAGCACGUGUGGAGGAUCAACCUGGACACGCCGGAGGAGGCCCAGCAGAACCUGUCCUUCGGAGCUGCCGAUCGCUGGUGGGAGCAGACGGACCUGACCAAGCUGAUCCUGGCCUCCAACAAGCUGCAGAGCCUCUCGGAGGAUGUGCAGCUGCUGCCUGCCCUCACCAUGCUGGACGUGCAUGACAAUCAACUGACAUCACUUCCUUCUGCUUUAGGACAACUUGAAAAUCUCCAGAAACUCGAUGUCAGCCACAACAAACUGAGGAGCCUUCCCGAGGAGCUGCUGCAGCUGCCGCGUCUGAGGAGCCUCCUGGUGCAGCACAACGAGCUGAGCCAGCUGCCCGAGGGGCUGGGGCAGCUCCUCAGCCUGGAGGAGCUGGACGUGUCCAACAACCAGCUCACGGCCAUCCCCACCAGUUUUGCUCUGCUGGUGAACUUGGUGAGGCUCAACCUGGCCUGCAACCAGCUCAAGGAGCUGCCUGCAGAUCUCAGUGCCAUGAAAAGCUUGAGGCAACUGGAUUGUACCAAAAAUUACCUGGAAACAGUCCCUCCUAAAUUAGCAAGCAUGGCAUCCCUGGAGCAGCUUUACCUGAGGAAAAACAAACUGCGCUCCUUGCCAGAGCUUCCCUCCUGCAAGUUACUGAAGGAGUUACACGCUGGGGAGAAUCAGAUAGAAAUCCUGAAUGCAGAGAAUCUGAAGCAGCUGAGCUCCCUGUGUGUGCUGGAGCUGAGGGACAACAAGAUCAAGGCAGUGCCCGAGGAGAUCACGGUGCUGCAGAAACUGGAGAGGCUCGACCUGGCCAACAAUGACAUCAGUAGGUUGCCUUACACCCUGGGGAACCUCCCUCAGCUGAAAUUCCUGGCCCUGGAGGGAAAUCCUUUGAGAACCAUUCGGAGAGACCUGCUGCAGAAAGGCACCCAGGAACUGCUGAAAUAUCUGAGAAGCAAAAUCCAAGAUGAUGGACCUGGCCCCAAUGAAGAGCCGCCUGUGACAGCCAUGACUCUUCCCAGCCAGUCCAAGGUCAACAUCCACGCCAUAACCACACUGAAAUUAUUGGACUACAGUGACAAGCAGGCUGCCGAGAUCCCCGAGGCCGUGUUCGAUGCCGUGGGCGCCAACGCCGUGGCCACCGUGAACUUCAGCAAGAACCAGCUCAGGGAGAUCCCCCCAAGGCUUGUGGAGCUGAAGGACUCAGUUUGUGAUGUCAGCCUGGGCUUCAACAAAAUCUCCUGCAUUUCCUCGGGGCUGUGCCUGCUCCAGAAGCUGACACAUUUGGAUCUCAGAAACAAUUUUCUGACAGCCUUGCCUGAGGAAAUGGAGGCACUGAAAAGACUGCACACAAUAAAUCUUGCUUAUAAUAGAUUUAAGGUGUUCCCCAGUGUCCUGUACCACCUGCCAGCCCUGGAGAACAUCCUGCUCAGCAACAACCAGGUGGGAUCCAUCGACCCCGUGCAGCUGAAGGGGCUGGACAAGCUGGGAACGCUGGACCUGCAGAACAACGACCUCCUCCAGGUGCCCCCAGAGCUGGGCAACUGUGAGAGCCUCAGGAGCCUGCUGCUGGAAGGGAACCCGUUCCGCACGCCCCGCGCCGCCGUGCUGGCCAAGGGCACGGCUGCCGUGCUGGAGUACCUGAGGAGCCGCAUCCCCUGCUGAGCCUGGGCACUGCCCUGAGCCUGGGCACUGCGCUGAGCCCGGGCACUGCCCUGAGCCUGGGCACUGCUCCUGAGCCUGGGCACUGCCCUGAGCCCUGGGCACUGCCCUGAGCCCUGGGCACUGCUCUGAGCCCGGGCACUGCCCUGAGCCUGGGCACUGCCCUGGGCACUGCGCUGAGCCUGGGCACUGCCCUGAGCCCUGCCUGGGCACUGCCCUGAGCCCUGGGAACUGCCCUGAGCUGUGGGCACUGCUCCUGAGCCCGGGCACUGCUCCUGAGCCCUGCCUGGGCACUGCUCCUGAGCACUGCCUGGGCACUGCCCUGAGCCCUGGCACUGCUCCUGAGCCCGGGCACUGCCCUGAGCCCUGGGCACUGCCCUGAGCCUGGGCACUGCUCCUGAGCCCUGGGCACUGCCCUGGGCACUGCCCUGAGCCCGGGCACUGCCCUGAGCCCUGCCUGGGCACUGCCCUGAGCCUGGGCACUGCCCUGAGCCUGGCCUGGGCACUGCCCUGAGCCUGGGCACUGCUCCUGAGCCUGGGCACUGCCCUGAGCCUGGGCACUGCCCUGGGCACUGCCCUGAGCCCUGAGCACUGCCCUGAGCCCUGGGCACUGCUCCUGAGCCCUGGGCACUGCCCUGAGCCCUACCUGGGCACUGCCCUGAGCCCUGGGCACUGCCCUGAGCCCUGCCUGAGCACUGCCCUGAGCCUGGCCUGGGCACAGCCCUGGGCACUGCCCUGAGCCCUGGGCACUGCUCUGAGCCUGGCCUGGCCAAGGGCAUGGCUGCCGUACUGAAAUAACUUUGGAGCUGCAUUCCCACUUGACCCUGACCAUUCCCACUGAGCCCUGGCCAUUCCCACUGAGCCCUGGCCAUUCCCACUGAGCCUGGCCUGGCCAAGGGCACGGCUGCACUGCUCUAAUACCUGCAGAGUUUCACAUUCCAGCAGCACAGGAGCAGCCAGGUCCCCCCUGUCCCACCAGCACCCCUGGGCUCCACUGCUUCCAUCCUUCUGCUCCUGGCUGGGAGUCUGCCCAGUGUUAAGGACCCAGCUGCAAAACAUUCCCUGCCCUCUGCAUGUUCCAGCAGGGAUUUCAGGAUCCCUUCCUCUCUGUUUACACUGUUUGUAAUGAAGGACAGCAAGGAAAGCUGCCUUCAGCCAGGCACAAUCCUCCCUGCAGCUGAGCUGGGCUCUGAGGGAGCUGUCACCGUGGGUCAAAGGCAGAAGGGAACACUGUGGGGUUUGUAUUCCUGUUUUCUGUUGUUUCACUGCUGUCCCCUGAGCUGCCCCCUGGUGUGGGUGAGGUGCUGAGAGGUGCCCCAGGUUGUGUGCAGGGCUCACCUGAGUGAAGAUGGGGCUGGUGCUGUGCUGAGACAAUAAAUGUUCCCCUUGGA